AUGGACCCACCCCGUUCUCUGAGGAUGGAGCUGGACUCGGUGCUGUCCAUAGAUCAGAUCCGCGCCAUCCGGGCCAACAACGACUACGUGGACCGGCCCGUGACGCUGGAGCUAUCGUCCCAGUCCGGGUUCUUCCACGCCCACGAAGACCGCCACUCCCAUCUCGCGUUCGCCUACAACCCGUCCUCGCUGUCCCACAGCCAGAGCCAGCCGCAGCACAGCCACCUGGCCCACCUGAGCCGCUCCAGCACCGCCUGCUCCUCGCUGUCCCGCGCCAGCGCCGCCUCCGACCAGCGGCUGCUGGCCGGCCUGACCCCGUCCCGCUCCCUGGGCUCGGCCGUCCACUCCCAGCCCAAAGGGGAGCUGAAGCCCGACUCCUCCUCGUUGGGGAAAGGCCUGACGGAGGACGAGGCGGAGCUGGGCCUCCACCUCUUCAUCUGCGAACACUGCGGGCGCUGCAAAUGCCGGGAGUGCGGCGCCCCCCGCGGCCUGCCGUCCUGCUGGGCCUGCGGCCAGCGCUGCCUGUGCUCGGCCGAGAGCGCGGUGGAGCACGCCACCUGCCUGUGCUGCGUCAAGGGCCUGUUCUACCACUGCUCCUCCCAGGACGACGAGGACCAGUGCGCCGACCGGCCCUGCUCCUGCGCCGCCGCCCACGCCGGCGCCCGCUGGGGCGCCAUGGGCCUGCUGGCGCUCUGCCUGCCCUGCCUCUGCUGCUACCCCCCCGCCCGGCUCUGCCUGAGCCUGUGCCGCCGCGCCCACGACCGCGCCACCCGGCCCGGCUGCCGGUGCAGCAACACCAACACGGUGUGCCGCAAGAUCUCCGUCACCACCCCCAACCCCCGCCAGCCCGCGCUAGCUAGCAAAGCUCCGGAGAAACCCUUAUGA